AAGGAGAGACCGCAGUGAGGAGGGAGGGGUCUGGCCUGGGGGAAGCUGUGGGGGUUUGCCCCAGAGCUGUGGCAGAGAGGGGGAUGCCGGUUGUGGUGCAGCCGGGCCUAGCAGUGAAGGAGAGAAGAGUGUUUCGGUGACUGACCUGCGGCUGUCCCGAGCAGGCCUAGGGAAGCACCUCCCCUCGUACUGGGAAAAGGACAGAGACUGAGGAAGGAUCUGGUGUAACUUGUGACUGUGUUGAGUUUGGGGUGAGGAGGAGGAAGUCUGCCUUUGUGCUCAGAAGAAGGAAGAGAAAAUGAUGGAACGUUUUAGGGAGGGGGAAACUUUAGCUUGGGGUGAGGAGACAGUGCAUCUGGGGGAUGGCAUUGGGGAAGGAGAAGGGAGCGAGUUGUGGGAGGAAAGAAGGAGGGCAGAGGAGGGUUCACCCCUGAAGUGGGGCAGGGCAGCCUUGAAAGGCAGGGGGGCAAAGUUUGGAAAGUGCAGAUGUGUCUGUGUUUUGCGUUACAGAGGUUGAGACAGGGUUAAGGCUGAAAGGAAGGCUGGUGAAGUUUAACCUGGGCGCUGUAGGAGCUAGUGUGGGUUAAAGGAUGGGAAUGGAGGCAACCCCAUACUGAAGUGUGUUUGGGAGAGGUUGGUGGGACUUUGGUAGCUUUGUAUCAGAAAUGAAGUGGAAUCAGAAUUUUUUUUUCCAUAGAAGGAUGGAAACAUGUUGAUGUGGAGAAGCCCCUCAGUCUAGAGCCAUUCUUUAGUGGGCAUCUGUUGGCCUUUUGAGGAGAGGGGAGCUGAAUUUCUGUGUGCUGUAGUAGAGAGGUGCUGUGUGUCUUUGCCUGCUGCACCUGUUGGAGGGUCAACCCUGAAAACUUCAUGUCAUGUAGUGUCCUUUGGAGCAUCGUAGAAUUAGAAACCUGGUGGAACUGCAUCUUAGAGCUUUACUUAAAAAAGAGGGGAGAGUCACCUGAUAAGCCUUAUAAACAUUUUAUUAUGAGGGCUGGUUUUUUAUUUAUUAUGUUGAGCUCACAGGAGUGUUAAACGCAUAAUUUGCCAGAUGGUAGCUUUAGAAAUGACCCUGUGGAAACCUCAGCUGUAAAGGAGGAGAAAAAGUAAACACACACCAACAUGUUAGAAACAUGUGCAGAAAUGUUCUGGAGAUGAUUACCAAGGGCAGAUGGGAGGAACCUGUGACUAAGUUUUGAAGGCUCUGAGUUAGACACAUUGCAAAGGGACAGUGUUCUGCUUAUGAGUUUACAGCACUGCCUCCCAGUGUUAUGUAGCAUCCCCUUGCACCUGGGGUAGUUAGUAAUGCUUACAUUGCAUUGAAUGAUCUCAAAGCACUUCACAAGAGAAGGUGAGUCACCUUCUUUUUAUAGAAGCAGGGACAGGGUUAUGUGUUAGCUAAAGAAUGCAUACUAUGUGGUGAUGCUGCCGGAAAUACAAUCCACAUCGCUUUGCGGCUAAUCCUCGUUCUGGUCUGUGCUGCUGUGUGUAGCUCUGUAUAGUACUGCACUCGGUUUGGGGGGCAGAUGUGUCAAAAAGACAAACUGUUUGAUAAGGAAAAGAGGUGAUUUACGCGGUGUGGAUAAAGUUUUGAUGUUGCGGAGCCUGUGUUGGGAGAGACUGCGUGUGUCUUCUGGUCUGUAGACAAAUGUGUGUUUCUUUACAAAAAUGAAGAAAUUUAUUGUGAAAUUAUUCAAGUGUCCUCUUCCACCACAUACAGAGAAGGGGUUGAAGUACUGUAAUCCUCUCAAGUUUAUAAACCUAUCCCUGACUUGAUUGAAAAGUAAUUGAAAGUGAUUAGGUUUCGAGGGUUUUUUGGUUUUUGUUUUUUUUCCCUGCCAACCUAGUCCUUUUCAUGGUAUCUUAAAGGACUGACUUGCAUCUGUUUAUUGUCUUUUGUUUGUUUGUUUGUUUGUUUUGGGUUUGUUUGUUUUUUUUCUGGGUGGAAGUACUGGAAUGAUAUGUUUUAUUGCAGGUAAGUUUUUUUCAGUGUGUUUUACAGAACGAUGAAUAUUCCAUGUCUUGUUAUACAGGGAACUUCUAGCCAUGUUUUAGGAGGAAUAGAAUGGGAGUGGCAUAAUGCUGAACUUCCAAUUGGUGGGGUCAAAACAGUCAUGGCAGGAGGAGAGAGAUCCUGAAUUUUGAGUAAUAGUUCCUUGUAGGAAAUAAGCUGUGUAAGCGGCAGAAGGCCUUUACCUCAGCUUUUCUGAAAUGUGAUUGUCAAAACUUUAGGAAAUAUUGGGGGUGGUGGAAAUCCUUCCAUUUUGAAAGACCGUAGUGGAGCUGUUUGAUCCUUAGUGUCAAGUUCACUGUCUACAUCACAGAUGAAGUUGGUAUAUUUAAUGUUGCUUUUUGUUUCACAUGAGGAGGUGUUCUCCAUGUAGGUGCUGUAUAAGCUAACGAGAGAGAACCAGAGUCAAGAUUCUGUUGUAUAAAAGGCAAAGUGCUGCCCGUAGAUGAGACAAAGAAGUUCCUUUAAUAUUAACUCAAAGACAGUAGAGUUGCAAAAGUAAUAGGAUGAUGGUUUUUAGCUGCUCCGAAACCAUAAUCACAGGUUAAUAUGCAUUAGAGAAGUAUAUGACACAAUGUAUGUCAUAGGUGAAAUACACAUUUAAUGCUUUUUUCCAGCUAACUUCACAUGAUUGCGAUCGUUUCUUCUUUUGUUUAAGACUGGUAAAAUCACUCGUGUUUAAAUCCAACGCUUUGAAGUCUUGUGUUAAAUAAUGUAUGCUGUUGAAUGUUCAUAAAUAGUAGCUAUGUCCUGUGCCACUGAUGACUGUUUUCAUUGUUGAAUAAAACCAGUCUUGGUUAUCCUUAUGUACAUCUGUUUUUCUGGUUUACAUUUCUUCUCUGUGAGAGAGAAGAAAAAAAAAAAUGUCGUGGAGGUCUGAUGCUGAUGAAAACAUCUUUACAUUGGAGAAAAGCGUGCUGGUACAAUGAAUGGAUUUAAUUGCCAAAUAGGUUUUUGCUUGGAAGUUCUGGCCUCGGGCACAGAAAGGAGCUGACUAUCAGGCAAAGCCUUGAAGUGCUCAGUUUCUCCUGGCUUUGGGGGUGUUGGUCUUGAAGAGGAUCUGAAAGACGAGCUGAUGAACGAAGACAUACGUAUCCAUAGUUGGCCUUGUUCUUACUACUUGGACACCAGCAAACAAUGGGUCUCUGGCAGACUCACACUGACUCCUGUUGCAAUCAAAUUUACAGCUGACAAGACUGGGGAGCUUUUGGUCAACUUCCAUCUUUCUAGUAUCGAUGAGAUCAAGAAGGAAUCUUCAAAUUUAAUCUUCAGCUCCCUUACCAUCUUAGAAAAGAACACCAAGCACUGGUUCGGUUCUCUGCAACCCAACAGGAAUGUGGUCUUCAACAUCCUUGAGCACUUCUGGAGGGAGCAGUUGCUGUCAAGCCAAGGUGCAGGAGCAGAAGCAGCAGCUUUGCAGUCAAGAAAGGGAAAAGAACUGAUUGGGUUAUUGACUGGCUCACAGAAACAACUGGAGGACACAGCAAAAGUGCUGCAUUACCAGGGCGAGCAGUUUGAUAACAUCAUGAGAGGGCUCAACAAGAUCGAAGGGGAUAUGGAUGUAGCAGACAGGUUGUUGACUGAGCUCGAAUCUCCUUCUUUGUGGUCGUUUAGCAGCAAGCUCUGGAAAGCACUUUUGGAAAUCAAGCCAAAGGAAACUGCCACAGUUUCCGAUUCGAAGAACCAGGAAGAAAUCUUAAUUAGAAUUCCAGUUAUUAUCACCCACAGAACAGACUCAAAUGUCAAGCCAGGAAAACUCACGCUCUUUGCUUCUGGCCUGGAAAUCAGUGACUGCAAUUCUCAGGUCAUUCACAGAUUUGAAUCAAAGGAUGUCGAUGAUAUCAGAGUUCAUACACCAUAUGAAAUCAGUGUCCGACAGAGAUUUAUUGGGAAGCCUGACACCUCUUACCGGCUCUUGUCAGCAAAAAUGCCAGAAGCAAUCCCCAUCUUGGAGAUGCAGUUUAGCAAGAAGAUGCAGUUUUUAGAAGAUGCCCUAGGGUUUGUUGGUGCCCAGAAGUCUCCUCAGGUAGAUUUGGGGACCUCCGUUUGGCAAGCAGCCACAGGACUCCUGGGAGGAGUGGUGCAGCCCGGCUCUCCAGUGGGAGGCAGAGAAGGGAUGGAUAAUGACCAGGUUCAGCUGCAGAAGCAAGAGAAGAUCUCCCAGGAAGAAGCAAAAGAGCUUAAACAGAUACUAAAGAAACUGAAGGGCCUGGCCUUGGAGACAGAAGCUGAGCUGGAGAGACAGGACGAAGCUCUCGAUUCCAUCACUACCUCCGUAGACCGUGCGACGCUGAAUAUUGACAAGCAGAACCGCAGAAUAAAGAAGCUAACGUAGCGCCCACAGGAGCUGGCGAGGGUGAUAUCAUGAGGAAGAUAAUUGGGGAACUGCUUCUCAGGACUGUUUCUUUAAUAGACACUUUGAUGGAGUGGGAGGUGUUUGCAAUACUGUCUGGAAUAUGAUGCUUCUGUUGUCGAGUUCCUGAGGGUUUUGAAAGUGUUUCCAGGCUUGGAUGAUGUUUGAAGGCUGUUUUUAGGAUUAAAAAGUCCAAGACACUUAAUUGUGGUGAAACAAUGAUAGUGGAUUCUUUACUAGAGAAAAUCUGUAAAUACGAAGGGAUAUGAUAUAAUCUGAAUCAACUUUUAUGUGCUUUUUGAUGUUGCUGCUGUUGAAAGUUGGGGGGAUGGGUUUUUUUUUGUUUUUUGUACUGCAACAGAGAAGUGAAGGAAAAAUGAACUGCAUAUGAGACUACUUUAGAUGAUUACAGCCUAUUAAUUCUUUCUCAAGGUCUUUCUUUAAAAUAGUUAAUAGCUGGACUAAGGGCCAGAUGUCCAACUGCAAGUCACUGAGUCUUUUUUUUCUAAGUUAAUGCUGAGGUGAGCAAAUGAUGGUGAUAAAACCUUGUGUUCCCUGAGCAAAUAGUUUUAAUAGGUUUCAAUCAUGCUUUUAAUGUGCCCAGAAAUUUUAUAAGAGUUACAAAGACUUAGUGGCCAUAGCUGACUGUUGCCAUGUCCUGAGAAAUCAGGAGAAGAAGGUUAGUUCAUGUGCCUGUAUUGGUAGAGACAGCUACUUACUGAGCAGUGCUUUUUUUUUUUUUUUUUUUGAAACUCGAUAAAUGUUUUGCUUACUUAAGAGUAAGUACACUUCUAAAUGUUAAGUAUUGAAGUUAAAUACAUGUUUCUGCUUUCCAAAAAGGGACUGCUGAUCUUUGAUGAUCAUCUACAUGCUUCUCUGUGUGUUACUUUUCCCCUUUUAACUGCACUUAUAGUGAGGAAAUUUGUUUUGGAGUAGAGAAAGUGAUUUUCUUCAUGAGUGAACUUAGUUCUUGGAGUUCACUGUAUCCAUCACUUGCACACAGUGGUUUUAUAUUUUUGGUAAUAGCCUGACAUGGGAUGCAGUGUCCUCGGAGUAUCAUGGACAUAGCGUUCACUUAGUGUGGUCCCUAAGUACUGUGUUGGAUCUGGGCUGCCCCAUCUCUGAUGGAAGUUAGUGGAAGGUCUCUUGUCCCUUUGUUUCUCAGUCCUUAAUUUCCCAAGGAUCUCCCUACUGUUUGUCUUCGACUCUCUAAAUGGGAACUUCACAAGCUGUGCAGAGCUUCAUGUGGUUUUUGUGUGUCUACUCCAGAUUCACAGGCUGAGUGGCCUGUGGUCAGAGCUGUAGACAUCUGGAUGACAUUUGGUAGUCGUCGUACAUCCGUCUAAUGUGGCUUUUAUUCAUUUGCACUGACUGAUGGUGAAGCAUUUCAAGACUUCUUGUAGACAUGUAUUUCUAAAAUAAACAUGAAUACCGUCAAUUGUUAUUUUAUAGGUUUUAUUGAGCUUACAAUUGGCUCCAUCAAAACUAUAGGACAGUGGAGGCCUUUCCCCCUCCUAAAUUACUUGAUACUAUAUAGGAGAGAUUCCAGGUAAUCCAUAUAUCUAUUGCGUGUGGCAGAGAACUCACAUUUCAUCAAUUCCUACGAUUUACCAGCUAUUUUAGUUGAAAGUAGCUGUUGUAAUACGUCUUUUUUUUUUUUUUUUAAAGUGUUUUUGUAUUAAAAAAUCCUUCUUGUAUUGCUUUCAAAUACAACACUUCUGGUGCAAUAUUUUUAACUAGUGAAGCUUUGAACUGUUUAUUCCACUGAUAGCUGAUGUGAAAUUUUCCUGUUUCAGAGUAAUUCAGCCUACCUUUUAAAGAAAGGUGCAGUAAAUCACCUAGAGUAUGCUGUUUUCAAGAUCUUACUCUACCUUGGUUUGCAUUACUUCAUAUUAGUUCAUUAGUACUGGAGUAAAGUGUACUUCUGCACUGCAAAUUCUUGAUUUACAAUCCAAGUUGUUACUGGCAUGCGCUUUACCUACUUGCUGAAUAUGGUGAUUAUAUAUACAUACACUGUGUACUGUGAAAUAAAAUACUGUCUGGGGUUCUUUUGUCUUCGGUACCCAAAUCACUGUUGUUUUACUGUGAAAGGAAGGUAUGUUUACAAAACUAAUUAUUUCGUGAAUUUAAAAGUACACUUUGCACAAAAUGUACAUUAACUGAACCUGGUGCUGACUGGGAAUGGAUCUCUGAACUGAAUUAGUCCCAACCAGGAUUGCCAAAAGAAAAUACUAAUUAGUUGUCAUUUAGUUUAACAUUCUUUGUGCCAUACUUUUUAUUGUUGUGGUUUUUAGCACUAGCUGUUGCAUCUGAUUCAGUAUUUUGUGGUUUGUGUUAGUCCAACUUAUCCACGCUAAAGCAAAAAAUUGUAAUAUUGUUGUAAGAAGUGACCCAUUCUAGAGCUGUGCAUUAGCUGAAUUUCAUGUACUCAGAGGACUUUCAAUCUGUAAUUACUUCUUAUUAAAUAUCUUGAAAUAGUGAU